GAUGAUUUUGAUUAAGUUGCUGCCGUUGUGGCUGACGCUGUCGCUGAUCACGGCCGCCACGCGACCAGAGCGUCGUCGGAGGGACCUCUUCAGUCGUGCCCACUGGUGGGAGACCGGCUUCAAAACGCCUCGUCGCGGGAAGCAGUGGCCGAAGCGGAGCUCGUACGACAGCCCGUGCGUGUGCGUCGAGUCGCAGGGCUUGGUGGACCUGGGCGACGGCCACUGGCCGCAGGUGGUGCCCGUGCGUCAGUGCGGCGUCGGCGGGCAGUCGAUGGUGACGGUGGUGCGCACGUCGUGCGUGUCGCCCGAGCCCGUCGACGGCUACUCGUGCACGCAGCGCACCUACGGCAUCAAGGUACUGCGCAGGCGCGAAGGUCCGACCUCGCGGGCGCCUCAGGGUCGCGACACCAUUCCUCCUGAACUCAGGGACGACUGGGAGUUCAUCGAGCGCCGGGUCAACAGUUCCUGCGAGCUCACCUUGGACUGACCGACCCCUCCGAGGCACCCCUAGUCUCUCUCUUAGUUAUUUCAUUAACUGGCACUGCUACUGUAACUGACGAUAACUGAAGGUAUUCCGAACGCGCCGCUUUUCGACCAGAGCUUUGACUGUUGUCGACAAAUGAGGCUGACGUUUGACAACACAAGUUAAUUUCUCCGACAUUAUGAGUUUGUUUUUCCGAAAGUGAAAAGGACUGAACGUUUUCAAAGACUGAGAUUUUUUUAAUUCAGAAACAAUUUUUGUUUCAUGUAAGUUUAAGCAGACACGGAUUGUGAUAUUUGAUUGGGUUUUUCCUUCAUUCCAUUUGGAAUGUCUCACACGCUGUAAGAUUUAGAACACCAAAAUUUGGAUUUUUUCAAUAAGUUAAAAAGCUGCGCGUUUCAGAAAUUAUCUUGCACACGCUCGUAAUUGUCUUGAUGUUAUUACUCUCAAGCAUUUAAGGCGACUUCUCAGUAAUUGAUGGUUGUUAUAUUAUCUGCACAAUGAGAAAGAGAAAUAAGACGUGAACUCAAGUAGAAUUAAAAACAAAACAUUAAUUUUUGCCAAAUAUUUUGGAAAGUUGUCAGUAUAAAGCAUAGGAAUUAAGCCAAAGAGCCAGAAAAAAAUGCACUGUUGAUUUCGGCAGCAAGUUUCGUUUUGCAAAAUCUGCUGAUUUCAUUCAAACUAAAAAUGUUGUUUCUACAUUUUUUUAAAACUCAUGUUAUAUUUUAAGAAUUUGCACAAGUCACUAUAGAAAAAGUUAAACGUGUGGCAACAAUAAUCGUAUGGUUCUAUUUUGCUAUGUAAUUUUCUACUUAUUUGAAAUUGUAUUUUUCAAAGUCAGUUUAUAUGCAUUCAAGCGACUUGAAUGGUUCCUCAACUUGUUUUGCAUUUAUUCAGUUCGCACUGAUUUUUGAUAAAGAACUCAAUUAAUGGUAACUACUUUGUUGUACUAUAAAG